AUGGCGUCCAUCCUGUUCCCCAGCUGUGACAGCACUUAUUGUCACAAGAGGGCUCUAACUGGUCCCCUGCCGUCAUUGGUACGGCUGGCGCUGGCGCGCUCCGGCUCGCCGACUGUCCUCACAGGUCUCCGGGGCUUGCUGGCCAAUUCUCUGAGUCCUCCUUCUUCUUCUUUCCAACUGCCACAAGUCUGUGACAGCACUUAUUGUCACAAGAGGGCUCUAACUGGUCCCCUGCCGUCAUUGGUACGGCUGGCGCUGGCGCGCUCCGGCUCGCCGACUGUCCUCACAGGUCUCCGGGGCUUGCUGGCCAAUUCUCUGAGUCCUCCUUCUUCUUCUUUCCAACUGCCACAAGUAGAAGGGGACUGGUCUCAAAGCCAGUUCAUGUGGAAUAACCAGCCCGUCAAGAGAAAGCGCGAACGGGUCGCAGAGGAGGAGGAAACUCCCGGCACAGAGAGGGAGGACGCAGGCGUUGGCAAUGGGACCGCUGCCCCCGUACGCUUACCGUUCUCCGGCUUUAGGUUGCAGAAAGUGCUGAGGGAGUCUGCGCGGGACAAGAUCAUCUUCCUCCACGGGAAGGUGAACGAGGCCUCUGGGGACAGGGACAGCGAGGACGCCGUUGUGAUCCUGGAGAAGACGCCGUUCCAGGCAGAGCAGGUGGCGCAGCUGCUGGCGGGCAGCCCUGAGCUGCAGCUGCAGUUCGGCAACGACGUCUACAGCACCUACCGCCUGUCCGCCCCCAGGCAGCUGAGUGACGUGAAGACGACCGUGGUGUACCCUGCCACCGAGAAGCACCUGCAGAAGUACCUACGCCAGGACCUCUGCCUGGUCCGCGAGACGGGGGCCGACUACAGGAACGUUACCCUGCCUCACCUGCAGGCCCAGAGCCUCAGUGUCCAGUGGGUAUAUAACAUCCUCGACAAGAAGGCUGAGGCCGACCGGAUUGUUUUUGAGAACCCAGACCCGUGUGAUGGCUUUGUCCUCAUCCCUGACCUGAAGUGGAACCAGCAGCAGCUCGAUGACCUGUACCUGAUCGCCAUCUGCCAUCGCCGGGGCAUCAGAUCGCUCCGGGACCUCACCCCAGAGCACCUGCCGCUGCUUAGGAACAUCCUCCGCGAGGGCCAGGAAGCCAUCCUGCGGCGGUACCAGGUGGGAGGAGAGCGUCUGCGGGUGUACCUGCACUACCCGCCCUCCUACUACCACCUGCACGUCCACUUCACCGCUCUGGGCUUCGAGGCGCCCGGCUCGGGGGUGGAGCGGGCCCACCUGCUGGCCGACGUCAUCGAGAACCUGGAGUGGGACCCCGAGCACUACCAGCGCCGCACGCUCACCCUCGCCCUCCGGGCUGACGACCCCCUGCUCACGCAGCUGCAGGAGGCCCCGCCGAGCUGACACCAGGGGCUCGGGACCUGUACCUCCAUGGGGGUCUGAAACCGGGCUUUGUGGGAAUAAAGUACUGCACGCACGUGGUGAGGA